CCUCCUCCCUUGGCGAUGCCCCGCUCCGCUGCGCCACCACGGGGCCGGCUGUCCCGCUGCCCGAUCGCCGUCCCUCCGCGCUCCGCCGCACCCCACCCCGGAGCCGCGUGGUACAGGCCGGCGGCCGGAAGGGGCGAGGCGGCGGCGGGCGCGAUGGCGGCGGCGGGGCCCUACGCGCUGGUGGCCAGCUGCGCCGCCGGCUUCGCGGGCGAGGAGCUCGUCAAACGUAUCACUGGAAAAGAUGACCUUACUGUGGAUGCAUCUACAAGUGGCGGAGUGAAUUUUUACCCCUGGACAAUAGAUAAUAAAUAUUAUUCUGCAAAUAUUCACCUCUGUGUGGUACCAAGCACAUUUCUUGUUACAGGAGAGAUUGCUGAAUCUGUGCAAGCAUUUGUGGUUUACUUCGACAGCACAAUAAAAUCUGGGCUUGACAGUGUCUCUGAAUGGCUUCCCCUAACAGAGGAAUGGUUACCAGAAGUCAUGAUCCUGGUCUGUGACAGAGUAUCUGAAAAUGGUGUUAAUAGACAGCAAGCUCAAGAAUGGUGCAUCAAACAUGGCUUUGAACUGGUAGAACUUAGCCCUGAGGAACUGCCUGAUGAAGAUGAUGACUUUCCAGAAUCCACAGGAGUGAAACGAAUUGUACAAGCCUUGAAUGCCAAUGUGUGGUCCAAUGUAGUCAUGAAGAGCGACAGGACCCAGGGCUUCGGCCUUCUCAGUACAUUAGCAGGUGCAAACUGUGGCGUUGGGUCAGAAGAGAGCCAAAAUACAGAAUCCAAUCCACCGUCAGCAGACAGAGAAGAAUCCCAUUUAGACAACAGAGAAGAUGCAGCUAGCACAAACAACCUACAGAUUGACAGCAUUGUAGAUCCCAUGUUAGAUAUGGAUAUUCAAGAGUUAGCCAGCCUAACCACAGGAGAAGGUGACCUGGAGAACUUUGAAAGGCUGUUUUCAAAGCUGAAAGAAAUGAAAGAUAAAGCAGCAACAUUGCCUCAUGAGCAGAGAAAACUACAUGCAGAAAAGGUGGCCAAAGCAUUCUGGAUGGCAAUUGGAGGAGACAGAGAUGAAAUUGAAGGUCUCUCUUCUGAUGAAGAAAACUAAGUUCUUCUGUAGCUGUAAGCAACAGAGCAAUCCUAAAAGAGUGAUCUUUUCCUGCAGUGAGCAUUUAUUGCUAAAAGCCCCAUUUAGCUUUAGUUGCUUUCUUUGGUUAAAGGAUUCUCUAUAUUAUUGUAUUAAGUAACACAUUCCACAACACCUAAUGGUUAGAGAGGUUUUUGUUUGCCUGUUCAUUCAUUCUGUCUCAGAGAAUUUUGGAAGGCAGUGUAUGCAGUUAGAGGAAACAAUAAGUUAGUUUACAUUUUUCAAAUUAAUGCUUUUAUUGUUUCCUGAUUUGAGUUUAAAAAAACCAAAUUUACCACCAGUUAUCUUUGUACAUACGGCUGGUGGUUGUUAAAUGACUACUUAAUUCUAAACUCAAGAUUUUAGAUGUAGGCCUGUUUGAUGUUUUUAUGUAGCUUUAUAGCUGACUUACUAGUUAAAACAAACCAGAUUUAUAUGAGCCAUGAAGAGAAAGCUGCUGAAUUGUACCGUAUUGUGAGAUGCUAUGCCAAGGCUGCAGGGUUCAUCCUGCUGAGUGCCAAAGCUAUUAAAAAUAGCCCAUAGGCUUUGAAUUCUCUUUGCAUGUGUAAGUAUGUGGUCCUUCCCUGAAAAGUCAGGUGUUAUGCCACACUCACUGGGUUUCCAUUAGAAACUAAACUUGGGAUUAAACGCAAGACAGAUUUUUGCUGCUUUUUCCAGGGGUGAAGUUCCCUGCACAAACCUUCUGCAGUACUUGGCCUUCAAGGCCUGGGAGAAUGCACAGACUUUAUGCUGGUGAAUUCUGUCCUAAAUACCUAAAGAGAAAAGCUAUGAUUUCCAACACCCCACACUGUCACCUGGUUCAUUUAUUACAGGCUUAUGCUCUUGUUUCCUAAUUAGAAGAUACCAGAGCACAAGCCUCAAAUUGCUGCUUCAUGGCAUCAAGGGCUAGAAAAAAAUGCCUUCAUCCUCAGAGUCAGUGUCUUGUUGUAGACAUGUUGCCAUAGACUCACUAGAGAUGUCUACUGCAGUCAACUGUGAGAGAUCAGAUAUAGCCAGGGGAUCAAUAGAAAGAGGUAGCCUGCCCCAAACAGUCAGCACUCACUGGUAUCCUCAGCAGAAUCUACUUUCAGUGGAAUAGUCAGCAGAUGCCCUGCUGAAGAAUCAGGCCUUCUCUAGUGCUCGUCUGUCUGACUAACCGUAUGAACUGGUAUAUUUUUCCCAAGAACAUUUCCUUAUUAAUCUGAAAAUAGCCAGUGUUAAGCAAUCUUAUUUUGAAAUUUUGAAAUUAACUUUUCCAGGGUCUGUCUUCUCAUGUUAAUAAAUAUAGUGAGUCUCGAGACAGUGGCUUUCCAUAAAUGAAUUAACAGCUUUAAAUUUUGAAAGCACUUUUCACAGUGGUUUUCACACACAUCCAAGGAACCACCUAUCAGGGCCACCUCUUCCAAAUGGAAUGAUGUAAAACAACUGCCAGACCUUGCCACAACUCUUUCCUUCUGUUCUUCACUAUUUCUGCUCCUUGGCUACUUUUUUCUUGCCCAGCACAGAGAGCUGUAACAAAGAACUGAAGGUGGUUUCUUCCAAGUAGGGAACAGUUUUCCAUGUUUGCUUCUUGGUAGCUGAAGAUUUUUUUUUCCUCUCUAAAUAUUUGUUGUGCAAUAGAGACAAAUGGCAAAAGUGCAGAGUAAAUUAAUUGAACACACUGAAAAACAUAAUGCAUUUGAAUACUUUAUAAAACCAAUUCUUUAUACAUGUGGUUUCUUUAUACAUGUGAUAUUUUAUUUAAAUUUAAUAAAAUUAUACAAAUUA